CCUCCUCAUGAAUGGAAACCCUUUGAUACAUGCGCCAAAAUCAAUGAACAAAUACUUAAACAUUUUCUCAGCAUCAAGUUCAAGCUCUGUUAUUAUAUCUGGAUUGGCCUGCUUUAUUUUUUGUAGAUUCGAAGGCAAGUCCUGAUAGCCACUAGCAUGAGUGCCUCUAACCAUCUCUCGUGCAUAUGCUAAUGCACUAUGAGCCUUUGUAUAACCAAUGUCAAGUUGAUAAACAUCCCUUAUACACUCCAUUAUAUGUUUGGGCUGGAUUCCUUUAAGAUCACUGCCACCACUAAAUCCCUCAACAUACACCUUGCCAAUACAUUUUGCAUUUGCAUGUCGGUGGCGAGAAUACCUAAUGACUGCAGAGCAUGUAUGAAGAUCAGUAUAUUUACGAAUGAGGAAUUCUGGAGAUGAUUUCGACUUAGUUGUAGCACGUAUCCCCCAGGAACAUCCAGCAACGCAGCACUUUGCAUAAAAUACAUGCUUCCAAGACUUUUUGAUGAUGAAAUCAAACCUUUCGAUGACUGAAAGCUUGCAUAAUUUCAUUAUUUGUUCCUUCUUGCCACUGAAUAUGUCACCAGACUUAAUGGUAUCACUCUUCCGCAGCUGUGAUGGCCUCAUAGUAUCAAGUGAUGGCUUCAUAGUAUCAUGUGAUGACUUCAUAGCCUCGUACUAAACAUUUCCAAAACUACCAAAAUCUGCGGCAACAUUCUCUCUGACAACACGCUCUUGAUUUAUGUUCAAAUCAUGACGACCUUUGUUUGCAGUCAAUGAGACAUAUAUACACAUUAUGUCUGUCUUGAAAAAUGUGAUAAAGCUUGCAAGUUGUAUGUCGUUACUCAAGAAAAUUGGAGGAGUGUUGCUAGGCAUUUGCUCCAAUAUACGAUUAGGCAACAUAUAAGCAAACUCGACCGCUUCCAUCUCACUAAUCUUGUCAUCUUCACAAACCAUGCAGAGAAAAUCUUCAUAUUUCGUACCGUCUUCAACAAACAAAGCAUAUCUCCUUCUUACUUGGAUCAAGAACGAAUUCCCAACCAACAUUAUUCAUCUUCCAUUGUCCAAAAAUAGUAAUUAAGUGCAACAUUAUCUGCAUAAUAAAACUUGCAUCAAUAGAUCCGAAGACACAUUCCUUAACUUUUUUUUAAGAAAGACAACAAGGUAUAGUGAAUUGUAGCGGCAAGAGAACAGCAUUGUUAAGGCAAACAUAAAAAAAGUCUUCACCUUUGUUCAAUCAAAUCGCAUAUAAUCUGGUGUCUCAAAUCUGGUUUCAUACCUUGUUUCUCAGAUCUGUUCGACUUCCACCAAUAAAUUAACUUAAAGCUGACAUCAGAGAAAGUAGUGCUGAGGCUUGAAGGUAUGAACAACUAUGUAUCUGAAAUGGGAGAGAGGGGUUGAAGAGAUGAAGGUCGUUGAAGAGAUAAAGGUAUAAUGUUAUCUUUUAUUUAUUUUUUUAAUUUUUGUUAAACCAAUAAUGACAUUCUUGUUGGAAAAAGGUUAAAUGGUAAUUUCAAAAGAAGGUGGACCAUUUUAACAAUUUUCCUUUGGAAGGGUACCAUUCUCCCUUCUGUUUUUGAAAAUAGGGAAUUUCAACAAAUGACUCUUAUUUUUUUUUAUACUGAAAAGACACAACUCUUAAAACUAAUAGAGUUCAAUUUUUUUACGGAAAGACACAACUUUUAUAUAAUGAAAACACAAUUUUUAAAGCUAAUACAUUUCAGUUUUUUUUUAAAUGAAAUGACACAACUUUAAAAAUUAAUUGGAAUUUCUAUUAUUUAUUUAUAUUUUAUAAUGAGAAGACAUAAUCUUAAAACUAAUAAUUGUGGAAAGAAAGUUUCUUCAGCUCAGGGAUCAUUCAUGUACCACGAACGCAAAAUACAAAGACGGACAGACUAGCACGGAGUGCCAAGAAUCAACCUUCCUACGUCGUUCAUAUGAAUGCAGAGCAUCCCGUUUGGUUUACAGAGUCAGUUUAAAUAUGUUUAAAUUGAUGACAAAAAAAAGAUAAAAAUAAUAAUAAUUACAUUCCAAACCAGUUUUUUUUUUAUCAUGACCAAACCACGCCCAUUAGACUAGAAUUAACAAAUCUGGAAAAUUGAUUGAUGAAAAUUCAAUUGAUAUGAGAGGACACCAUUUGGAAGGAAUAAAAUAUGACUAAUUUACUUUUUUAUAUGGAAAGAUAUAACUCUUAAAACUAAUAAAGUUUCAUUUCUUAUGAAAAUACACAAUCUUUUAAACACAACUAUUAAAAGUUAAAACUAAUAUAUUACAGUUUUUUAUUGAAAAUACAUAACUUUAAAGUUAUUGGGAUUCUUAUUAUUAAUUUGUCUUUAUAAUAAAAACACAACUCUUAAAACUACUUAUUGUAGAAUGGAUAACACAACUCUUAAAAAUAAUACAUUUCAGUCUUGUAAUAAAAGACACAAAUUUUUAAUAUUUUUUAGGAUUUUUAUUAUUAUUUUUUUUUAUAAGGAGAAGACACAAUUCUUAACUAAUGAGAAUAAAAAAACCUUUUGAGAUAUUUUAACUACUUUUUAAACUAGUUUAUUUUUUAUAGUGAAAAAAUACAAUUGUUAAAAAUUAAUAGAGUUUAAUUUCUUAUAAAAUGACACAAACUUUUUAUAAAGAAAAGACACAAUUCUUAAAAUUAAUAUAUUUUAGUUAUUUAUGAAAAGACAUAACUUCUAACAUAAAAUAUCUGACCAAAGGAUAAUCAUUAUUUAAUUUGAUAUUAUCUUUUAACACAUUUUUAUUUGACUACUAAAGUAGAUAGGAAUGGAUGAAAUUACUCACUGAGCCAUCUUCCACGUAAGUUAAGAUCCAAGUCAAAACUUUAGGCCUUAUAUAUUAAUCAAUUUUCCUCAGAAGAUGGAGUACCAUACUUGCUCCCUUGACAAAAUACCAUCAACUUCAACAAAUAUUCUGAUCUCUCGUCUUCUUGAUUCACUCUUUUCUUGUGUGUUUUCAGAGUGGAGACUGAAGAUAAAACUUGAAUAUAACAAAAAAUGGGAGAGGGGGAAGAAGAGGGGAAGAUUAGAUGCUCUAGUACCGUUAUAAUAUUUUGUUGUAUAUUUUUGAUCGUGGGAUUAGAUGUCUUUGCUGGUUUCGUGGCAAUGCAAGCCGAAGACGCCCAACAAGAGGUGAAACAGAGGGUGUGGUUACCCGAGUGUAAAUCUCCAAGCAAAAAAGCUUUCGUGUUAGGGCUAAUAGCAUUAGGAUGUUUGCUAGCAGCUCAUAUCAUCGCCGUUAUGAUAGGAUGCAGUCUCUCCAAUACAGCCACAGUAAUCAGCGGACCUGAGAUCACAGAACACAUCAACAUGGCCUGUAUUUCUCUCACUUGGAUCAUAGCAACUGCGGGAGUGGGGAUACUAACGAUGGGCAUAUGGACUUAACAGAGAGUCAAGAUCAGAAUGUGGAUUCACAAACAAACAUUUUCUGUUUUUAGGAGGCAUAGUGUGUUUCCUUCAUGCCAGUAUCUCUGUUGUUUUUUAUUUAACAAAUAUCGUCUCUAAGAAAUGUUGUUUGAGAAAUGUUUACUAGAUAUUUUUCUGCGCCAUGCGCAAACAUAAUAAUUUAAAAAUUUUUUACUUAA